GCGCGGGGUGUGUUUGCUUCGCGGUUGGUCCGUCGGUCGGUCGGACGGACCUUCGAGCCCUUCGUCGCACCGACGGUCAACAGCACACAAUACGAAGCUGAGGACGAGAAUUUGAACUCCUCAAGCGGCGUGAGCGAGAGUCACGCGCGGGAACGGUUUUUCGGGGCUUGGCGGGGUGUACGCCCAUCUGGUGGGGAAACUGGCAGGAGGGUACUUGGUCGGUGAUCCCACUCGGUGACGCCGGUGGUAGGCUAGCUAGCUACGGUAGCUAGGUGGAUGAGAGGAAGGGAGGGAGUGGAGAAGUUAGGGGGAAAACAGUUAGUUGGCGGGCUCACUCAGGCUUUCAGGUCAAGGAGUUAGUUGGUCAUCUUGUAUCAAUUAGCCGUUGAGGGUCGUAUCAGCGGCGGCGAAGAUGGUGGAUGCACAGAGGGCUUUACUCGACGAGCUGAUGGGCACAGCUCGUAAUCUCACUGAGGAAGAGAAGAAAGGCUAUCGAGAAUUGCAAUGGGACGAUCGACAAGUGUGCAAGUGUUACUUGGUCAGAUUUUGCCCUCACGAUCUGUUCACCAACACAAAGAGCGAUCUUGGCAGGCGAGCAGUUGUGGAACUCGACAUGCUUCACUCUCACAUCAAGCACGAUCUUGGUGAUCUGACACCUGGCACCCUCCCUCCUCGUUCAUCAAGGCAUGACAUGGUAGUCCCACGGUUUGAAGCGGAACUAGCGCAAUUCUGCGAGCAGCUGAUUGCGGACCUAGACCGGAAGGUGAGGAGAGGGAGGGAGCGACUUGCGCAGGACCUGGAGGCAGCCCUACCGAAGCCAGUAAGCACGGAGAAACAGGCCCAGCUUGCAGCUAUUGAAGAAAAGAUAAGGAAGCUCCUUGAACAGAUUGAAAAGCUUGGUGAGGAUGGCAAGGUGGAUGAGGCCCAAGCACUCAUGCGUAAGGUUGACAUCUUGAAUUCGGAGAAGUCUACGGUGCUGGUACUAGCAAGCAGUGAGCAUCGUGUGCUCCUUAGUCAGGAGAAGAAGAUGGCUCUCUGUGAAGUGUGUGGGUCAUUUUUGGUCGCUGGAGACUCCGCAGAAAGGGCCACUAGCCAUAUGACAGGCAAACAACAUGUGGGGUUUGGCAUGGUUCGAGACUUCUUGAAAGAAUUCAAGGAGAAGAAGGAUAAGCUGAGAGAGGAACAGGCGAAGUUGAAAGAAGGAAAAGAAGAAGACGGAAGUGCGAAAGAUGACACAGAUGAAAAGAGACGAGGGGAAAGAGAGGACACGAGGGAUCGAGGAAGAAGCAGGGAUCGCGACGCAGAGAGAGAGAGAGAAAGGGACAAGGGAGGAAGUGGUGGUGGGAGGGAACGGGAUCGAGACGACUGGCCGGGCACGAAGGAGCGCGACAGAGACCGUGGAUUCGUGCGGGGUGGUAUGAGAGACUGGGGUGGACGAGGGGGAGGUGUAAUGUCCGGAGACAGAGAUAGGGACAGGGAGCGCGACAGGGAUCGGGAUAGGGAUAGGGGGGACAGGGAUCGGGAUAGAGAAAGGUCAAGAAGCAGAGAAUGGGACAGGGGCAGGGACAGAAGUUACGGCCGCGAGAGGGACGGCAUGCGGAUGUCCAAGUCUUCCAGGUCGAGAUCGAGAUCGCGAUCCCCGUUAAACACCCGAAUUCACAACAGUUCGCGCAACAGCAGGCGGCACUCGUCAAGGUCUCCAAUCCAUAGAUAGACUAUAGAGAAUGAUAUAGGCAGGGCAGUUUGGUGACAAGAGCUGGUGGGUAGGAACGAGGGGGGAGGGGGGGGGAGGCGAAUGUACCAAAAAGAAGAUUGCAAAGUAGUCGAGCAAGAGUGGUGAAGCAGCAGCGGGAAGAGGGAGUCGGCAACCAGCAGGUGAGUGAGGCCCGCGGGGGAAGUGGUUGCUGGUAUCGUUGCGGAAUCAAGCGAGAGCAGCAUGGGUGGGAUUGAAGUAGUUAACAGGAUGACGAUGACGACGUGCGUCUGGAGGCAAUAAUACGAAUGGGUGGAGGAGUGAUAUGCUGCUGUUCACGAGGGGUGUUGUCGAUGGUGUAAUAGAAGAACAGGACUGCAGGACUUCCGAUUGUCUGCAAAGGUAAGGAUCAUUUGCUGAGCUGUCACAGGCAGGGAUUUAUGUAUAUGUGUUGGAACUCAAUUAAUCAAGGAACUGUGUUUUUUUUCCCAGGCUAGGAUUUUCCUGUUUGUGUUGUCCCUUAUCAUGACCUAUCUUCCUUUUCUAAAAGCAUGAUUUGGACCACGGCAACUCGCUGCGCAGACGAAGGUCCAGUAGGCCCACUUGGUGGAAGACUGAUAGUAAACUUUUCGGCAUGGC